GCUGCUGGUCUCGACCAGCAGCUUCGAGUCGCGCCAGACCGAGGUGCGCCGCGUGGCGGCCGUCUCCGAGGACGGCAUGACGCUGACGCUGAACCAGAGCCUGCAGUACGAGCACCUCGGCAUCGGCUUCACGAUGCCAGACGACUCCGUCGCUCCCCUGGCGGCCAAGGUCGGACUCCUCUCCCGCAACAUCCGCAUCGAGGGCGAGUCCUACGAUGACGUCAUCGAGGAGAGCUUCGGGGCGCGCGUGCUGGCCAGCAGCUACAACGACAGGAACACCAACACGAUGAAGAAAGCCUCCGUCCAACUCUCCAACGUGGAGUUUCGGCUGGCUGGCCAGGACGGCUGGAGUGACGCCUACGACCCGCGCUAUGCCCUCGCCUUCGUCUCCCUGGACGAUACGGACUCCAGCGUGGUCAACUGCAGCUUCAACCACCUCUUCAGCCCGGCCAUCGGCAUCUUCUACACCAACAACCUCACCGUUCAGGGCAACGUCAUCAUGCACACGGUCGGAUCGGGUAUCAUCGACGAGGGCGUGGGCAACCGUCUGCAGGACAACCUCGUCUCGUGGGUCGUCUUCCCGGGCACGUACAACGGCCGCGAAGAGCCGGAGAACCUCUCCUGGGACGCCGGCUUCCGGAUCCACAAGGCCAAGAGCGUGACGCUCACCGGCAACGUGGUGGCAGGCUCGGAGCGGCUGGGCUUUCACAUCAGCGGCACCGACUGCGCUGCGCCUUCCAACUGGGCCAACAACGAGGCACACGGCGUCCUGCACGGCGUCCAUAUGUUCAAGAAGAUCACGCACAAACAGUGCGCCAAGGUGAGCGGCUUUUACGUGUGGCGGGCCUACGACUUCGGCAUCUACUUUCACGUGAGCUCGCACAGCGUCGUCGUGGAGGACAACCUGCUCGUGGAGAACACGCUGGCGCUGCUGCCCAUGCUGUACGAGCCGAGCCCCGUGUCUCACCAGUACGCCGACAAGCACAUCAACGUCACCAACACGCGUAUCGUGGCGGUGACGUCGGCCGAGCAGUGCGGCGCCGACACAGCGCCGCAGAUCGCCAGCUACCGCACGCAGGCGCGGUCGCCCCGCGCGCCCGACGGGGGCCGCACAGGCCUCAUGUGGGGCCAGUUCAUCGCCAGUCCUGUCGGCGCGCCGCUCAAGACCUGGUACAAUCCGAUGAGCUACGCGGCUCUGCGCGGCACAACGUACCUGCGGUCGAUCCAGCUGAUCAACUUCGCCCGGCUGUGCGGCGGCCGCCGCGACCUGGCGCUGACCACCCUGGGGUCUGGCGACGAUGCCCAGCACCCGGUAGUCAGCCAGGACGUCAGCUUCACCAACGUGCUCGAGGACGACCGUCUCUUCUUGCACGAGCCAGAUCUGGCAGCAGUGAACCCAUCUGACUGCGUGGACAUGGACUGUGAUGGCCAGAAACACGCCAUGCUGAUCGACACCGACGGCUCCUUGAUUGGCUCUGCCGGCACGUUGGUGCCUCUGGCCGAGUUUGAGUUUGACGGCGAUGAGAGGCGAGGUGUGGGCUACUACCGCGUGCCCAAGUCGGCCGUCACACGGCUGGACGGCUCGCGCAUCCCGUACGCAGAGAAGAUGCCCAACAAAGGCAUCUGGCGGGACGCUGACUGCACGUGGCGCGCGCCGUGGCGAGCGUACACGUGCCCGGGCGGCCAGCAGCGCAUGCUUGUGCUGGAGUCGAUGGACGCCGACUCGGAGAUCCGCCGCGUGUCUCCGAUCGCCCUCAUCGCCGACCCCGGCUCGGCGGGCUUUGUGGACCUGCUGAACGGCCAGCAGGACCACGGCUGGUGCUUCGGCUACACGUGCCAGGAGCGGCUGAGCACCUUCUACGCGGUGGUGGCGGCCAGCAAGCCGUACGAGAUGCACUUCACGGGCACGCCGCCGCAUCACCUGAGGUUCCACUUCCUCCACGCCCAGCCGGACCAGGCGAUCCUGUUGAAGAUCUGGUACCCGAAGACGCAGCGAUACGACGUGUACUAUGAGGGCGAGUUCGUCUACCCGACCAACACCGAUCCGGCAACGUUCGACAUCCUCCCACCUGAUCCUGCAAAUCCGGACCAGUUCGUGCCUCUCAUCACUUCAACGACUCACGGCCAGAACUUCUUCGACCGGACGACUGGUUUCCUACACGUGCUGCUGCGUGGUCCGGGCAUCAUCGAGGUGCGCCAGCAGCCGAUCAUCGUCCUCAAGAUGGGCUACGUCGGCGAGGCGGAGUUCUUCGAGUCUGACGUGCUGCCGCGGCUGAUGGACCUGCUGGGCAUCUCGCCAGACCAGCUGCGAGUGCCGAAGGUGGUGCGCGAGGACUCGGCGCCGGCCGGCAGGCGGCGCCGGGAUGCCGAAGCCCCAGCCGUCCAGGUGGAGAUCGAGAUCGGCCAGCCUCCCGCCAACGGCACUGCCGACACUGGCAACAGCACCGCCACGCUGGAGGACCUAGAGCGCGUACAGGCCCGCGUCGUCGACAGCUUCCAGACGGGCCAGGUGGACGCAGCGCUCGGUGUUCAAGUCCAGACCAUAGCGAUGAUUGACCCGGUGCCGGUGGCCACCGACCCGACUGGCGGCGUCCGCGCCACCAACGAGACCGGCGACGUGGAUCUCUCCGGCGUUCCCGGAGCCAAGACUUUUUCAGAGACGCAAAGGGAGCAGGAGGCAGAAGCUGCGGCAGCAGAGGCGGAAGUCGCUGAUGGUGUCGCCUACCAGCGACCGGCAGAACUAUUGAUUGAAUCGCAGCCCGUCAGAGGCGUUAUUGAGGAGCUCAGUCAGAUAAUGCCCCUCAUCAAGCUCUACAUGAAGGAUACCACCGGGGCGCGCAUGUCUUCCGUCGGCCACGAGUCCAGCCCGUGGCAGGUGGAGGCUGAGCUGGUGUCGCCGCCGGCCGGGGUGUCGCUGCUGCACGCCCGCGAGCCGUUCCGCCAGGGCGUGGCCACCUUCAGCCGGCUGGCGGUGAGCGGCGUGGCCAGCGGGCUGCGCCUGCGCUUCCGCGUGGUGCAGCCGGCCGAGGUCAGCUUCAGCGCGGACAUGAGCGGCUCGUUCAGCACCACCAAGAAGCGGCUGGAGGCGAGGGUGGCCAGCGACACGCGUACUGGGACCGACAUGGACCAGAAGGGACGCCCCGCUCAGGUGGGAGCCACAUCUUCGGAAGAGAGCCGGCCGGCGAUACGCGUGUUCAUACGUGACCCGGUGACGCGCGGCCCGGCCGCCGCCGAGGUGCUGCGCGGCUACACCUGGCGCUUCCGGGCGGAUCUGUAUGAGGCCGGCUCCAGCCCGCGCGCCGUCUUGCGGGGGACGCGGACUCGACAGCUGACACCGCCCGACAACGGCGCCACCUUCGACCCGUACGUGGUGUUCGACGACCUGACCAUCUCCGAGAACGGCUUCUACUACGUGCUGCGCAUCACCGUCACCACCGCCGACGACGCCAGCUACCGGCUGGUUGCCCUUUCCGGACCUAUCCACGUGCGCUCGGCGCAGGCGGCGCCGCUGGCGCAGCCGCACAACAUCGGCGUGCGUUUCCUCUCCGACUACAGCGCCGUGGCCGGGAGGGAGGAGCAGUUCAGCGAGGAGGUCGCCUCCUGGCUCCAGAGCCGCUACGGAAAGACGGCCUGGCUCCGGAUACGCCUAUCGAGAGGCAGUAUCAAAGCGAACGUGGACACGCGGGCGACGUCGGCGGCGGAUCAUGACGCCACCGUGGACCAGCUGCAGGCGGACCUGGACGCCGGUCUUACCAUGACGGACUCGGCGGGCCGCUCGUACCCGCUGGCCGACACUCUCCUGGUGGACGGCGUGGAGCGCAAACGUCAGACGGAUGAGGCGGUGCUGCCGGUGUGGGCCAUAGCUGUGAUGGCAGCGCUCGGCGCUUUGCUGCUGAUCUGCCUCAUCUUCUGCUUCUGUCACUUCUACAAAAACCGCGACCGCAAAGGCAAAGUUGGAGACGUCAACCACAUGGCGUUCAAGGUGCCGAUCAACACAGUGCCGCCGCCGCCCUUCACCCCCGGCCACGUCAGCUCGUUCAGCAUCCGCAUGUCGAUAGUCGACCCCAACAACAAGGUGUCGCCGUCUGUGAUCCAGGUGUAA